CACACACUAGACUAUUUUAAAUAUUUACUUUUUUUCCAUCUAGCCAAUAGUGAAGCUAUUUGUAUAAGUAUUUUUUAAUGUGUAUUUGCGAAAGGACAGUGUAUAAUUGUUUUGCAACAUGAAUUCAUCAAAGUCGAUUAAAAACUGUCAUUUAAUAUAGUGGUAAUGCCAAUGAACGGUAAUGCCAAUAACGGUAUAAGUAUAUGAUUCUACUUUUUUUCGAAAAAAAUAUUUGUUCGCUUCUAUUUAUCGAAGUUGAAAAAUGAAUCCUGCCCCAGUUAGUUUAACUAAUAUCGUUCGGAAGAUUAGACUAAGCGUUUAAAUAUUUGAAAAUGUUCAAUGGGAAGCGUCAUGGCGAGACGGAGCUGGUGCUAACGGUUGAACUUUACGCGCUUGCGCGGUCUUUCUUGUCAAUACGCAAACACAUGUUUUCCCUAUCAUAUGGUCGCGUACGGGGUUGAAUGUGUUGUUAUCAUCUUAAUUCAUACGGCCGCUUGCAAGAGCUGCACUAGAAAAGAGUGCUAGCCACGGGGCAGAUGCAGCAGUACUGAAAGAAGUUUCCAGCGUAAAACAGUGAUUACCCUUACCUAACGCAUCAUGCCUUGGGAACGACCGAGCAACGUGCCUUAUCCGAAUGUUUGGUGGACUUUUGAUGCUCCCGAUCCGGAUCGUCCAGACGGUGCAUUGGUGACGUACCGCGUAGAGGAUUUGACCGAGGAUCGAAUCGAAGAUGCCAUCAAGCUGUACACUGAACAUUUUCUGGACGACGAGCCACUUUGUGCGUAUGGCCGUGUUCGCCACAAUCCACUGUCGUAUGAAGAAAUAGUUCAAUUCUGGAUGUACGUUUUAAACCAAAAGAUGACCAUAGUAUGUUACAAAGAAGGAUCGAAGGAGUUAGUAGGUGCUAAUCUGCUGUCAGUAAAGUGUGCCACCGACAAAGAAGAUAUAUCUAGUUUGAUUAAAUCCGAAAGCAUGCAAAAGUUAGUUGCGGUUAACGACUAUAUGACCGACACGGUGAACCUAUUCGAGCGUUACGGUGUCGAUAGGUACCUAACAGCAUACGGUCUUAGUGUGAACAAUCGUUACCGUGGCCGAGGGAUUGCCACUGAAAUACUUAAAGCUCGCCGGCCGAUUUGCCGGGCAUUUGGUUUGCGCCUAACGAGCACCAAUUUCACUGCGAUUGGUUCUCAAAUACCUGCUGCGAAGAUUGGCUUUCAAACGGAUCUGGAAAUGAAGUACGAUGAGUUCGUGAAAGUUAAUCCGACGUACACAUUUGAAGGAAUUAAAAGCAAAAGUCUAAAGUUGAUGAGCUUGCCGAUGGAAUAAGUAUCCUGGUCUUCGAAUGUGAAAAAGCUGUGUGUAACUGGGUUUAGUGUAGUGAAUUAUUAAAUAAAGAAUAUUAGCAAUAUGUA